UUCUCAAGACCUACAGCUUCCUGGGAAAGACAAAAAAGUUCUAAAAAAUUCUCUGAAACCCUUAGAAACCGAAUUAAAAGAUUGUCAUUCAACUCUCUCUUUUUCUUUAAUUAGCUGCAGAGUCUUAUCAUCUUUCUUAACUUUUCCUUUCAGCUUUCCUUAAUGGCUACCUCGCUGGAUAUGACCCUGGACGAUAUGGUAAAACGAAAUAAGGGUGAGAGAGGCAGAGGACGACUCAGGCCGCCGCGCCGUGGAAGAGGUCCCGGUGGUUUCUUUGAUAGUGGUGGAAGAAUGACCCUUGCUACUCGUCGAGGUCCUCUUGCUGUCAAUGCCCGCCCAUCCCAAAGUUCCAUUGCCAAGUCUUCCCACAGGACUAAGGGCUUGCCAUGGCAGCAUGAUUUGUUUGAAGACAGCCUUAGAGCUGCAGGGAUAUCAGGAGUAGAAGUUGGCACCAAGUUAUAUGUAUCCAACUUAGAUCAUGGAGUCUCUAAUGAAGAUAUAAGGGAACUUUUCUCUGAAAUAGGAGAGCUGAAAAGAUAUGCAGUUCAUUAUGAUAAAAAUGGCCAGCCAAGUGGUUCAGCUGAAGUUGUUUAUCUUAGAAGGAGUGAUGCAUUUGCUGCUCUUAAGCGGUAUAACAAUGUACUGUUGGAUGGAAAGCCCAUGAAAAUUGAAAUUGUUGGUGCCAAUGCUGAAGUCCCUAUUUCAGCUCGUGUUAAUGUAACUGGAAUAAAAGGAAGGAGGAAAAGGACAGUUGUUAUGACGCCUGGAGCAGGUCAGUCGAGAGGCUCUGCUGGAAUUAAUCGUGGUUUUAACCGUCGCAGGGGUAUCAGGAGUGGCCGUGGUGGUGGUGGUGGUGGUGGUGGUAGAGGCCGUGGCCGUGACCGUGGAAAAAAGAAGCCUAUGAAGCCUAUGGAGAAGUCAGCAGAUGAUCUUGACAAGGAGUUAGAGAACUAUCAUGCUGAAGCCAUGAACAUUUCUUGAAGUUUCAAACCGUAACAGAUUAUUUUUGCUUCUUAGCUGUACAAAAAUGGUUUGAUAGCAUGGUGGUUAGUGUCGCGUUGAGCUUUGCUUCCUAGAUGGUUUUAUUGUUAUUAUUAUUAUUAUUUGUUUAGUUAUUAGAUUCUUAAGUUUGGUUGGAUGGGUUUGUUUUAUUAUUUAGAAAGUCAGUUAAAAAUGUAAGUGUGCUGAUUUAGAACUUGGUGUGUGAUUUGCAAAUUCAGUAUUAAAGUCUGUCAAAGUUACGCUUAACAAUGAUAUUGCCCUCGGCCUGAGCUAAUUUUUUCACUUUCCAAAAGAAUAGGAAAUUUGAGUUUAUUUUUCCAUUAGGGUGUAUUUUGGAAGUAAAUUACGAAACAAGCCUCCCCAUCCACGGACAAAGACUUUCUGAAAUUGCAUAAACCCUUGUAUCAGAGUGAAUGGAGUCUAACUUGGCAGAGGAUGACAUGGAAUUUG